AAAUCUGCACAGUGCGCCCGUACUCUUUCCCUCCUCCUUCCCCCUUUUUUUUUCUCUGAGCUCGUCAGAGCAACGGAGGAGCCAGAGGAGAAAACAACGUCAGUCUUCAAGUUUCUCCGUCUAAAAACCGAAAGGAAACCCUAGAAAUCCAACUUCUCUAUUUGGUAUGCCUACGACCAUCUUCUUCUCUUCUACUCCUUCUUACUUAUUUCAGCUGGCUCGUCGCAAAUACUGUUUGCUUGAAAUCGAGCACUCUUGUGCUUCAAUUCCCCGGUUCAGCUGUGUUUGGCCAUGGAAGAGCGCUUAGCGAGCGGAGAAUUUCUCCAUUUCGAUUUCUGUUUGCCUGCAUUGUUCUCUGUCAUUUUAGCUGGGUCUUUUGAAUGUACCGUUUGUUUGAAAUCGGUUAAAAGGCUUUCAGCACUCUAUGUGCUUAAAUUCUCUCGUUUCUGCUGGUAUUGAACCUAGAUUUUCUGGAGCUUGAUUUCUGUUCGGCUGCAUUGUGCUUCUUCCGGCUCUUGUGUCUCCGAGUGUAUAGUCGACUCUGCUUCAUCCUGUAUCGGUGUACCUGUUUGUUUUGAAGUUUCUUUUCAGUUCCAGCUUCGAAUAUGUGGUUCUCGCUUCGUUUAUUGAACGCUUUCCGUUCGCGUCGGCGAGCGUUUUAACGGCCUGUUUCAGCAAUCGAUUUUUUGCACUACGUCCGUUUGCUCCGUUUUUGUGGGUUUUGACUGUGCAAGCCUCUUACUGUUGUUUGGAUCCAGGCAUCUGUCUAUUUCCCGCUGCGUGAUGCGUCGCUCAGCUUCCGACGAGUGUUUUCCGUUGCUAGUAGACGAUGAACUUUUUGAGUCUCCUCGUGUAUGCUGAUAUGGGAGAUUCCGUUGUUCUGUGCUUGCUUCUGUUUGGAUUUCUUCCUGAAUGUGGCAAUUUCACUGCUCUUCAAGCUUUGUUAGAGAAAGAUGCAUGGAGGGAUGAACGCUAGCAUGGAUGCCUGUGCUUCUCUUUGUUUUGUAAUAGUUCUUAAGGAUCUAUGUAUUCCUUCUUAUCAUCAUGCUUAGCUACUCUAGAUUCUGAAUUCUGAUAUGUAUAUAGAGCCUGUUCCAUUUUACUAGUCAUUUUGCUGCUGUCACCUUAUACCAAUUUCUUCAGCUGCAUUGUAUUCUGCUCUUGAUGUUUGUGAUAGAAUAGCAGUUCAGUUUCUACCAGUAGCUUCUCUUACUGGUCUAUUCCUCGCGUUCUUCUUUUAAGAAUCUUAACAGAUGACUAUUUUUUUUUAUAGUAAUCAAAGUGGUGGUUUCAUGUGUUGCAUGUAGGAAAUUAAUUUAUCUUUCAGAGAAUUUGUUCAGGUUACAGGAGUUUACUGGAGUUUUAUUAUCAUUGUAGAUGUUAUUCUUGCUAAUGAUAUCAUAAAUGGUUGUUUCAGGUAAACAUGGCGAAGGAAUCAAAUGGAUCACCUCAUUUGCCCCCACCCCCUCCAUUAGCAUCAAGUGCUAACCCUGAGCUGGCAAUCCAGCAUGUAGAUCAAGCUGACAUUCCAAAAUACUCUAUUGUGAGUAGGAAGGGAGUUGGAAAGCUUGGGCGUCAGAUACCUUUGAUGACAAAUCACUUCAGAGUUUCUGUUGGUGUUCCAGAUGCAGUCUUCUACCAGUACACUGUUUCGAUUAGUUAUGAAGAUAAGAGACCUGUCGAAGGAAAGGGAAUUGGUAGAAAGCUGAUUGACAAGCUUUACCAAACCUAUUCUUCUGAAUUUACUGGUAAAAGGUUUGCCUAUGACGGUGACAAGACUCUAUAUACUGUUGGACCUCUACUGUUCAAGAAGCAAGAGUUCACUGUGGUUCUUGAGGAUUCUGUUGCCAAGGGCGAGCUUGGAAGCCCAUCCUCAAAAAACAAGAGGACAAAGUGUUCUAUUGGCUCAAAAAGCUUUAACAUAGAAAUCAGUUAUGCUGCGAAAAUCCCAUUAAAGCCCAUUGAUCUUGCCCUCAAGGGUAAUGAGGCAGAUAUUGGUGGCAUUCAAGAUGCUGUGAGAGUACUGGAUAUCAUAUUGAGGCAGCAAGCAGCCAACAGGGGCUGCCUUUUGGUAAGGCAGUCGUUCUUUCAUGACGAUGCAAGAAACUACACUGAUGUUGGGCAGGGCGUAAGUGGCCUUAGAGGUUUCCACUCUAGCUUCCGUACCACUCAGGGUGGUUUUUCACUCAAUAUGGAUGUUUCCACAACAAUGGUCCUAACUCCCGGGCCAGUGAAAGAUUUCCUGUUAGUGAAUCAGAAUGUGAGAGAACUUCGAGAGAUUGACUGGGACAAGGCUAGGAGGAUGUUGAAGAAUUUGAGGAUUAAAGCAACACACAACAAUAGGGAAUUUAAGAUCAUAGGUUUAAGCGAGAUGCGGUGCAAUCAGCAACUUUUUUCAAUGAAAGUGAGGAACGGUGAUGGCACAAAUGGGGAUGCAGAGAAUGUUGAGAUGACAGUUUAUGAGUAUUUUACCAAACAUCGUUCUAUACCAUUAACCUAUUCAGGAUUCUUGCCCUGCCUAGACGUUGGCAAGCCAAAAAGGCCAAAUUUUCUGCCAUUGGAGCUCUGUUCAUUGAUUUCACUCCAGCGAUACACAAAAUCCUUAUCAGCAAUGCAGAGAGCAUCUUUGGUUGAAAAAUCAAGACAGAAACCUCAGGAGAGAAUAAGAACUGUUACUGAUGCUAUGAGAACAUAUCGCUAUGAUGAGGAUCCACUGCUCUCUGAAUGUGGCAUCUUGAUAGAAAAGAAAUUGACAUCUGUCAAUGGCCGUAUCCUUGAUACCCCCAAGUUGAAGGUUGGUAAUAGUGAGAACUGCUUCCCGAAUAAUGGUCGUUGGAACUUCAACAAUAAGUUGCUUCUGAAAGCAACGAGCAUUAAGCGGUGGGCUGUUGUCAACUUUAGUGCUCAAUGUGAUACUAGUCGCCUGUCCCGUGACAUGAUCAACUGUGGAAGGAAAAAGGGCAUUGAUAUUGAGGGUCCCAAGAGUUUAAUCGACGAAUAUCCUCAGCUAAGAAGAAGCAGUCCUCUUGCUAGAGUGGAAAGUAUGUUUGAUCAAGUUAGAGACAAGCUGCCUGGUCCGCCUGAAUUCAUCCUGUGUCUCUUGCCACAAAGAAAAAAUUCUGAUAUUUAUGGGCCGUGGAAGAAGAAAUGUCUAAGUGAUUUCGGAAUUGUUACACAGUGCAUUUCUCCACCACGUGUUAUUAAGGAUCAAUAUCUUACCAAUGUACUUCUGAAGAUCAAUUCAAAGCUUGGAGGGAUAAAUUCUAUGCUGGAAGUUGAACUUACUCGAUCCAUUCCCUUGAUAACUCAAACACCAACAAUGAUUUUGGGGAUGGAUGUAUCCCAUGGUUCUCCUGGUCGGUCGGAUGUUCCAUCUGUUGCUGCGGUUGUUGGAUCCCUCGAAUGGCCUUAUAUCACGAAGUAUAGAGCAUCCGUGAGAACUCAGUCUCCUAAGUUGGAGAUGAUUGAUGCUCUCUACAAGCCUACAGCCAAUAACACAGAUGAUGGCAUCAUGAGGGAAUUGUUCAUUGAAUUCUAUAAGACAAGUGGAGCCAAACCUAAACAAAUUGUUAUUUUCAGAGAUGGGGUGAGCGAGUCACAAUUUAAUCAGGUGUUAAAUAUUGAGCUGCCCCAGAUUAUCAAGGCCUACCAACAUCUGGGCGAGACUGAUGUGCCAAAGUUCACAGUGAUUAUCGCGCAGAAGAAUCACCACACUAAGUUAUUCAAGGCUGAAGGCACUGACAAUGUUCCUCCUGGGACGGUCGUGGACACAACUGUCGUACAUCCCAGAAACUAUGACUUCUACAUGUGUGCUCACAAUGGCGCCAUCGGUACCUCAAGGCCAGCACACUAUCACGUCUUGGUUGAUGAGAUAGGAUUCUCUCCUGAUGUUCUACAGAACCUCAUCCACUCUCUCUCCUAUGUCUACCAGAGGAGUACAACAGCAAUCUCGAUCGUGGCUCCCGUUUGCUAUGCCCAUCUGGCAGCCGCACAGAUGGGACAGUUCAUGAAGUUCGACGACAUGUCGGAGAAUUCUUCUGAAGUCAUGACAUCUGCAGGAGCUGCUGCAGUUCCGGAGCUCCCUAGGUUGCACAAAAACGUCGAGGCUUCGAUGUUCUUCUGCUGAAGAUGCUCUCUCCCGCCCACCAACCAACCAACAUCUUCCCGUACAUAUCGGCUCCUCUUUUGUAGAGAUUCUUGGCGGAGUACAGAAUGCCAAGCUUAUUUGACCUCUAGGCGACUCUUUUAGCUAGGGCACAGCUCAAUUGCCAUUUGCUACUACUACUACUGAAAACCUCUGGCGGUUCUAUAUUUUGACGGAAACAUAUUCCUCCCAGCUUUCAUGAAGCGCGGUGAGAAGUUUUGUAAUGAAGGGUUUAUUAUGAUGGGGCGGAUUAAUUUUAUGGGCGGUUUUAUUUUAUUUUGCGAUGGAUUCUGAGGAUGAUAGAUGGUGGGAAACUGGGAAUUGUUGGCGUAGGUUUAACGUCUGCUGACUGAUGGACCCACGGCCCUGCCGCCUGCCGGUUUCUGAAUUCAUUGUGGUCUGCAACGGAGACCGAUCAGAUAGCUGAGGAAGAAGAAAAUGCCAACUUCUAGAACGGUGGCCUUUUCAGGUCGCAUUGCUUGAGAAGACCGGGUUUGGAUACUUUGACCCAAAAUAAAGAUUGGAGUCAUUU